GCGAUGCGCAAGCCACCGCUCUGGCUCUCUCGCUGCUGCGCAUCUGCUAGAGAGAGAGCCAACUAGUAGGGGCGAGAGGCUUGAAACUGCUCUCUUUCUCUUUCUGCAUUGGCGCCAUUUGCAUGUGGGGCGUGUAAUGCCGUCCUCUCUUUCUCUCCCCCUUAUUUUUCUGUUGUACAUAAAUAGUGGGUCUGCGACUUCUUAGGAUCCUGCUUCAUUUGUUGGGGGGGGGAGAGAGAGAGAAGAGCAAGAGAGAGGGAGGGAGGAGCUUUUUCUGUCUCUGUAUCUAAAAGUUUUGUCAAUUUUAUCAAACUUCUGUUUUUGUGUUCGUGUUCUUCUCGUCAACUUGUUAAUCUUGUACUUGGUGGUGGUGGUGUUCACGGUUUGGGGAGUGAUGGAGUCGCAGAGGCAGAAUGUGGGGAUCCUGGCAAUGGACAUAUACUUCCCUCCUACUUGCGUUCAACAGGAAGCGUUGGAGGCGUUCGAUGGGGCGAGCAAAGGGAAGUACACAAUUGGGCUGGGACAAGACUGCAUGGCCUUCUGCACAGAGUUGGAGGACGUCAUCUCUAUGAGCUUGACAGUUGUCACAUCUCUUCUUCAGAAGUAUGGAGUUGAUCCGAAGCAGAUUGGUCGUCUAGAAGUGGGCAGUGAAACCGUCAUAGACAAGAGCAAGUCCAUUAAGACCUGGCUUAUGCACAUAUUUGAGGAAUAUGGCAACAGUGAUAUUGAAGGAGUUGACUCCACAAAUGCAUGUUAUGGAGGGACUGCUGCUUUGUUCAAUUGUGUAAACUGGGUGGAGAGUAGCUCAUGGGAUGGGCGCUAUGGUCUCGUCGUCUGCACAGAUAGUGCGGUUUAUGCUGAAGGACCUGCUAGACCAACUGGAGGGGCUGCUGCUAUUGCAAUGUUGAUUGGGCCCAACGCACCUCUUGCUUUUGAAAGUAAACUCAGGGGAACUCAUAUGUCUCAUGUUUAUGACUUUUACAAGCCCAAUCUUGCAAGUGAAUACCCAGUUGUGGAUGGAAAGCUUUCACAGACCUGUUACCUUAUGGCACUUGACUCUUGUUACAAACGAUUUUGUGCCAAAUAUGAGAAGUUGGAGGGAAAGCAGUUUUCUAUUCUUGAUGCAGAUUAUGUAGCCUUUCAUUCUCCAUACAAUAAGCUUGUGCAGAAAAGCUUUGCCAGGCUUCUAUUCAAUGACUUUUUGCGGGAUGCCAGUUCUGUCGAGGAGAAUGCUAAAGAGAAGUUUGCACCAUUUGCAAGCCUGUCUAGUGAUGAAAGUUAUCAGAACCGGGAUCUUGAAAAGGUAUCUCAACAACUGGCCAAACAGCUAUACGACAUAAAAAUACAGCCAUCAACUUUGUUGCCAAAGCAAGUCGGCAACAUGUACACUGCAUCAAUUUAUGCAGCAUUUGCGUCCAUUAUUUAUAACAAGCAUAAAUCGUUGGAUGGUCAAAGAAUAUUAAUGUUCUCCUAUGGAAGCGGUUUGGCUUCAAGUUUGUUCUCCUUGAAACUACACAUGGGUGAACAUCCAUUCAGCCUGUCAAAUAUUGCUGACGUGCUAAAUAUCUCAGAAAAGCUGGAGUCGAGACAUGUGUUUUCACCGGAGAAAUUUGUCGAAAAUAUGGUCCUGAUGGAACACCGUUAUGGAGCUAAAGGAUUCGUGACAUCCAAGGACAGGAGCUUGCUUAGUAAUGGAACAUUCUACCUUACGGAGGUUGAUUCCAUGUACCGGAGGUUUUAUGCCAAGAAAUCAGGAAGUGAAGAUGCGGGCGAAACAGAUGUCAGCUGUGAAAAUGGCAAACUUAAUGCUCAUUGAUCUUACAUGAUGAGCACAGUCAGCCGCAGGAAAUUAGUAUUUUACCGCUUAGGAUGUAGUGCAGAAGGUGUUAGAUUGUGAUCAUCAUCUGUUUGAACAUGGUGAAUUGUGCUAAUUAAUUUAUUUUGCUGCAA